AUUUUUUUCAGUUCAUAUAUAAAAUAAAUAUGAUUUGUAUGAUGUUCAAUUAAGGAAAAUGAUCAAUCCUACUAAAGCAAAAGUUUUGCAGCUAUACAGGCAGUUGCUUUACUAUGGAAAAGACUAUCCCUUGGGUUUUGAUUACUUCAAGCCAAAACUUAAAAAUGCAUUUAUAAAGAAUAAGCAUGUCACAGAUCAAGUUGAACUAGAGAAAUUAAUUCAACGUGCAGAGUAUGUUAUAAAAGAACUUGAAGCAUUGUUCAUGUUAAGGAAGUACCGUGCUUUGAAAAGUAGAUAUUAUGAAUAAUAUAAAUCAGAAGAUUGUCUUUAUAAAUCGAAAUUUAAUUAUAGUAUUUGGUGAGUUCAAAAAGUUAUGUUAAGUGCUGUCACGCCUAAAUAUCAGGUUGUAGUUGAAACUGCAUUUUUAAAAGAUGUCAUCUCACACACCCUAUGUAUGUUCUAUGUAAUAAAAUUACUUCAAGUUCAAGAAA